AUGAGAAGAAUAAAAUUUUUAGCACAACAUUACGAAAAAACAGGAAUAAUUAAACAAAAUCGACUUUUUCAAGGCGGAGAUCUUUAUGAAGAAACGAAACCAGUGAAAAAAAUUUAUCUGCCCCCGGGUCGUAGGAAUCCGCCUGCUGACUCCUCCUCAAAUUACAAGCCCUUUAAGAAUUACACGAAGAAUAAUGGUACGUUUAAUUAUACUCACACUUGUUUAUUAGCUUUUGUGCAAAGGAGGCAAUUUUUCUCGUCACAAGACGACCAGAGCGCUUCAUACGUAAGGAAUGAUAAAGCUAGCAGUUUUAGAGAUAAAGAAAACAAACCAUUUGAAUCACGCAAUUUUUCGGAUAACGCGCGUGAUCAAGUAAGUUCUACGAGCCAGAGUUCGACCCAUGCUGGCGACACCAUGGUUAAUAGAACUAUUCCUCUCGAAUCAAACGAGAGAACGUCAUUCAGCAGCCACGAAAAAAGUGUGCACGCGUCGACAGAUAGAAAUACAUCAUUCGGAACCUCAAGCAGCGUAGGAUCGAGCAGAUUCACAAAAGCGUUCGCGUCGCCGAAACCACCGACCUCAUGGGCAGUGCGAGGAGACAGACGCUACUACGAAGAGAAGGAAGCGGACAUAUUUGAGCCUUUGAAGAGCAGAAUGAGCACAGGAAUAAACUUUAACAGCUACGAUAACAUCCCAGUGCAGAUGACAGGACACCUGAGCAGUAGCAUAAAGCCGAUAGAAGAGUUCGACAGCGCAGUGCACCCAAUGCUGCUGUCAAACAUAAAAAAGGUUAACUAUAAUAAGCCGACGCCGAUACAGAGGCACUCGAUCUCAGUGAUUUUGGAAAACAGAGACCUGAUGGCGUGCGCACAGACAGGAUCAGGGAAGACAGCAGCGUUCCUGCUGCCAAUAGUGACGUGUAUGCUGAAAACAGGGCCGCCAAAAGCUCCAGCGUUGAACGCAAUGUACUCAAAUAAAGUGGCACUGCCAGUGUGUCUAGUGCUGUCGCCGACGAGAGAGUUGGCAGUGCAAAUAUACGCAGAAGCAAGGAAGUUUAACUUCGGCACAGGAAUAAGAACAGUGGUGCUGUACGGAGGCUCCGAGGUGAGAAGACAGCUGAUAGAGCUGGAAAGAGGAUGCGACAUAUGCGUGGCGACGCCAGGAAGACUGACAGAUCUGGUGGAGAGAAGAAAGGUGCUCUUCUCGUGCAUUAAGUACCUGGUGCUCGACGAAGCAGACAGAAUGCUGGACAUGGGAUUCGCGCCGCAAAUAAGAGCAAUAGUGACACAUCCGUCAAUGCCAGGCGGUGGCAAGUACGGAGACAACUAUCACCAAGGAUACACAAGCGGUCAGCUGGGAAGCGGAAGGUACGAGAGCACGAGCGGAAGACAGCAGCUGUCGCAAGGAGAAAAGGAAGAAAAAGCAGGGGAGGAAAGACAAACAGUGAUGUUUAGCGCAACCUUCCCGAAGGAAAUACAGCAGCUGGCGAAGGAGUUCCUGAACGACUACAUAUACCUGGCAGUGGGAAGAGUAGGAAGCACAAACGAGUUCAUCAAGCAGAGAAUGGUCUACGCAGACCAGGACCAGAAGGUUAAGUACCUGAUCAAGCUCCUCAAGGAAAACACGAACCUGGGAGGCCUCGUGCUCAUCUUCGUGGAGACGAAGAAGAGAGCAGAUCUGAUCGAAGGCUACCUCCUCAAGGAAAACUUCAAGGCUGUGAACAUACACGGAGACCGCAGCCAGGAGGACAGAGAGAAGGCGCUGAGCCUGUUCAAAGCAGGAGUGAGGCCGAUCAUGGUGGCGACGGACGUGGCAGCCAGAGGACUGGACAUCAGCAACAUCACGCACGUGAUCAACUGCGACCUGCCGACGAACAUCGACGACUACGUGCACAGGAUCGGAAGGACGGGCAGAGCAGGAAACGUAGGAAUCGCCACGAGCCUCGUCAACGAGUCGAACAGGCCGAUCCUCAAGGACCUGCUGCUGCUGCUCCAGGAGAGCAACCAGGAGGUGCCGGUCUGGUUCAAGAAGCUGGUGACCACGGUCAGCGCCCCCGGAAACCUGAAGCGCGUCUCCAGCAAGAACAAGUUCAACAACUCGGGCAUCAACAAGGACAUCAGGGCCGAGAACGAGGUCGCGACGUACAACUACGGCAAGGGGAAGACGUUCCAGGAGUUCGAGGACGACUGGUGGUAG